AUGGCUUCAGUUAAAUCACAUAAAGGAGGGGUGGAGCACAUCGAGCAUCACGGCCAUGUCACGCUGAAGGAAUACACCAAGAAUGUCAAUGCUAAGAUCGUCAACCCGCUAAGUGGCAUCCCUAAGAGCAUCCUCUUCGACCAAGUCUCUCGAUUCUGCAGAGACCAUGGCCUACAGGACAAGGAAGAAUAUUUUAAAAAAGGUGCACUCGUUGCACAAUCGCCAGAUGAUUUCGAGCUUCUAGAGGAGCUGGAUGAGAACGAUAAAUACCAUCUCCGGAGGGAAAUAACGAAUCCGUGGCGUCUACCGCGAGACUUAUACUUCACGAUUGCGCUGUGUUCUCUUGGAUCAGCUAUACAGGGAUGGGAUAACACCGGAGCUAACGGUGCCAAUCUCUCAUUUCCUGAAGAAUUUGGUAUUGUCGAUAAUACCUGGCUUGUUGGCUUCAUUAACUCUGCACCAACUAUAUUCGGUCUUUUCAGUUCUUGGGCGACUGAUCCGCUUAACAACUGGCUUGGUCGUCGAGGCGUCAUUUUUCUCACUGGUCUAUUCUGCGUUUUUCCUGUUCUCGCACAGGGGUUUGCCCAGAACUGGUGGGGAUUGCUCCUUUGUCGAAUGUUCAUGGGAUUCGGCAUGGGAGUCAAGAUUAGCACGAUUCCAAUCAUGACUUCCGAAACAGUGCCCGCUGCCAUUCGCGGAGGCCUUGUGAUGAGCUUCCAGCUAUGGGUAGCGUUCGGUAUAUUCAUAGGAUUUUGUUCAAAUCUGAUAUUCUACCGCAUCGGCCGCCUUGCAUGGCGGUUUCAACUUGCUGCAGCCUUUGCACCGGCCGUUCCUAUCCUAUUAUUCGUGUGGCUGUGUCCAGAAUCUCCCCGGUGGCUGUUGAAAAAGAAUAGGUGCAAGGACUCUUAUCAGUCCUUUUGCCGGCUUCGAAAUAGUGAAGUACAAGCCGCCCGAGACUUGUAUUAUGCGCAUUGCCAAAUUAUCGAGGAACGGAACUCCUUUGGCGGAUCAUCGCUAUUCGGCCGAGUUGUAGAGCUAUUCGCAAUUCCUCGUCUAAGACGGGCCACUUUAGGCGGUGCUAUUGUCAUGACAGCGCAACAAUUUUCUGGAAUUAACAUCAUGUCAUUCUAUUCCUCAACAAUCUUUUCGCAAGCUGGAUACUCUCCCUUUCAAUGCCUCAUGGCGUCCUUUGGCUUUGGGUUGGUGAAUUUUGUCUUCGCCUUCCCUGCUAUUUGGAGUAUCGAUUCUUUUGGUCGGCGUAACCUGCUUCUCUUCACCUUCCCAAACAUGGCUUGGUGUUUGGUUGUGGCUGGGUGCUGCUUUCUCAUACCAGACAGUGUUGGGGCCCGGGUUCCUUUGAUUGCCUUAUUCGUCUACAUUUUCACCGCAUUUUACUCACCAGGAAUCGGCCCCGUGCCCUUUGUUUAUGCAGCAGAAUGUUUUCCUUUAUCGCACCGCGAGAUUGGCGUCGCCUUCUGCGUUUGCUGGAAUAAUAUCAUCGGCUCAAUUCUGUCACUCACAUUUCCGUCUCUUUUAGCUGACAUUAAACCUACUGGAGCAUUUGGUUUCUACGCCGGUCUCAAUAUGCUCGCCUUUGUAGUCAUAUUCUUAUUUCUUCCCGAAACGAAGCAACGUACUCUCGAGGAGCUUGAUUAUAUCUUCGGUGUCCCGACGCGUCGACAUGCGGCGUAUCAGUUGCGUACCUGGCUGCCGUGGUUUGUACGCAAGUGGGUUCUCGGACAGAGACAUGUCGUGCUGGAGCCUCUAUAUCAACUGGAAGGAUUUUCACACUAUCACAGGAAAAAUGGUGUCAGCGUUGAGCCUUCGGCGUGA